AUGCCGUCCACAUACAAAAAGGACAAGCCGUGGGAUACGGACGAUAUCGAUAAGUGGAAAAUCGAAGAGUUCAAGCCGGAAGACAACCUCGGAGGCACGUUCGCAGAAGAAUCGUCUUUUGCCACGCUUUUCCCCAAGUAUCGAGAAGUAUAUCUGAAGGAAGCAUGGCCAGUGGUCACCAAAGCGCUAGAAAAGCAUGGCAUUGCCUGUGUGCUAGACUUGGUCGAAGGUAGCAUGACGGUGAAGACGACUCGGAAGACGUACGACCCUGCGGCCAUUCUCAAAGCACGCGAUCUCAUCAAGCUCCUUGCCAGAAGUGUUCCUGUACAACAGGCCCUUAAAAUUCUGGAGGACGGAGUCGCAUGCGACAUCAUCAAGAUCCGGAACCUCGUCAGAAAUAAAGAGCGAUUCGUCAAGCGACGACAGCGGAUCCUGGGCCCGUCGGGAUCGACCCUCAAGGCGCUCGAGCUUUUGACGAGCACGUACAUUCUGGUUCAGGGCAACACCGUCUCCGUCAUGGGGCCCUACAAGGGUUUGAAGGAGGUGCGGCGUGUCGUGGAGGACUGCAUGCACAACAUCCACCCGAUCUACCAUAUCAAGGAAUUGAUGAUUAAACGGGAGCUGGCCAAGGACCCGAAGCUGGCCCAUGAGUCCUGGGACCGGUUCCUGCCCAACUUCAAGAAACGGACUCUGUCGAAGCGCCGCAAGCCAUACAAGGUCACCGACAAGUCGAAGAAAGUCUACACACCGUUCCCGCCGCCUCAGGAGAAGAGCAAGAUCGAUUUGCAGCUCGAGUCGGGCGAGUACUUCCUGUCGAAGGAAGCCAAGGAGCGGGCGCGCAAGGAGGAGAUUGCGGAGAGACAGCGCGAGAAGAGAGAGGAGAAGAUGAAGGAGCGCGCGAAGGACUUUAUUCCACCGGAGGAGGAGACCCCUGCCGAAAAAGAGAAGAAGGAGAAGAAGAAAAAAGAAAAGAAGGAGAAGAAAGAGAAGAAAGAGAAGAAGCGGAAGCGCGACGAGGACGAUGGCGAUGUCGACGGGGCAUCCGACCACGAAAAGAAAAAGAAAAAGAGCAAGAAGAGCAAGACGAAAGCGGAUUCUGCAGAGGAAGAUUCGUCUUCCUAA